AUGUUCAUGAUUUCGGGAGACUGGUUCACAAGUGGAGUGCAAUCUGUAGACACGGAAAGCUUCCUUGAUUCUGUAAUUAUAAGCAAUACAAGUGUCUUAAGAAGAAUUCGUGUACCUACCUACGAAAUAUAUAAAGCUCAUUGGUCUAACGAUCCAGAAAUACAGAAAAAUUAUUGGGCUGCAAAUUUUUUACUACCUAUCGGAACAAUAUUUGUUCUUGUCCUGGUAAUUCUCUUAAUGGUUCUAUUCACAAGAUGCCCGCAAAUGGUCGCAGCUAUUAUCCUAACGAUUCUUGUUGUAAUUACUCUAUUUGCAGCGUUCAUAAUAAUCAAUCAGACUCCAAUUUAUACUUAA